GUCAGACUCGCAGCCAGAGCCGAUUGUGACACACACACAGAGGCGCUGCUGGAAGCAGGAACAGAAGCAGCAAGCAGGAGGAGCUGCAACUCUGGAAGUUGGCAGUUUCCCGGGACUCCCGGGCUGAGCGUACGCGCCGUGUGUGUCUGAGGAAGAGAGAAAGAGUGACGGGAAAGGGAAAGAUUGCAAAGCUUCAAAGGAGGCGAGCCUGUGUCUUAACGCGGCCAGCGGAGGACUUGGAUCAUGGAGAGCCCCAAAGUGGAAUCCAUUUAGCCAAGAGGAGGAGGAGGAGGAGACGGCGUCGGGCAGGGAGAGAAGAGCCGAGAGUCUGGAGCCAUGGCUCGGCUGGGCUCGCGGGCCGUCCAACUUGGCCCGCCGCGGUUCCCUUGAGCGUUUCUAUGGGGGAUCCCCCGCUGGGCGGGAGUAGCCGCGGGCCCCAGCAGCUCCAAGCCCCCAGCGCAGGCGCGCCCUGAUGGAGCCGGAGGGAAGGAAGAUCUCGGUGUGGAUCUGCCAGGAGGAGAAGCUGAUCUCGGGGCUUUCCAAGCGCACCACUUGCUCGGAUGUGGUGCGGGUGCUACUGGAGGACAGCAAGCAGAGCCGACGACGGAGGCAGCAGCAGCAGCAGCUGGCGUCGCUGCCGGAGUGCGGCGGGGGGAUGCUGUCGGGGGUCCCGCAGUCUUACUGCAUCGUGGAGAAGUGGCGCGGCUUCGAGCGGAUCCUGCCCAACAAGACCAAGAUCCUGCGGCUCUGGGCCGCCUGGGGGGACGAGCAGGAGAACGUGCGCUUCGUGCUGGUGCGCAGCGAGGCGUCGCUGCCCAACACGGGCCCGCGCAGCGCCGAGGCCCGCGUGGUGCCCAGCAAGGAGAGCCCCUGCCAGCAUGGCUUGGCCACGGCGGCGGCGCGGGCCAGCCUGGCGCUGACCCAGGAGCGGCAGCGGCGCGUGGUGCGCAAGGCCUUCCGCAAGCUGGCCAAGAUCAACAAGCGCAAGGGGCAGCCGUCGGGGCAGCCCGACGAGCCGCCGGCCAAGGAGGCGCCGGCCGCCGAGAGGAUGGAGACGCUGGUGCACCUCGUGCUGUCGCAGGACCACACCAUCCGCCAGCAGGUGAAGCGCCUCCGCGAGCUGGAUCGCGAGAUCGACCGCUUCGAGGCCAAGAUCCACUUCGACCGCAUGAAGCGCCACGGCGUCAAUUACGUGCAGGACACUUACCUGGUGGGCGGCGGCGGCGGCGACACGGAGGUCCCCGAGGGCGGGGAGGAAAAGGAAGGGGAAGCGCAGGGGGGACUGGAGGCGGCGACCCUCGACGGCGACCUGGAGGAGUACGCGCGGAAGUGCGAGGAGGUGGCGCUGCUGCAGGAACAGUGGCGCCGCCAGGAGGAUCUGCUGGAGCACUUGGCCGGCGAGAUCCAGGAGGAGCUGAACGAGCGCUGGAUGAAGCGGCGGCGGGAGGAGCUGGCGGCCGCCAAGGGCUCCAGCGCCAGCCUCUCCGAGACGGACUGCAACACCACCGAGCUGGUGGGCGGCGGCGGGGAGCUGCACGUCGAGCAGGAGCGCGUCAAGACGCAGCUGAGCACCAGCCUCUACAUCGGGCUGCGCCUCAGCACCGACCUGGAGGCCGUCAAGGCCGACCUGGACUCGACGCAGCGCGCCUGGGCCGACAAGGAGAGCGAGCUGCAGCGCCUCCUCGACACCAUCCGCUCCCUCGACGUCCAGGAGGAGGCGGGCGGCCAGCUGGAGCAGGAGGCGGCCCCGUCUCUCCAGCUCCCCGUCGAGGACGACGACGGCGGGGGCCAGCUUCCCCCCGACCCGGCCCCGAUCACCGCGGAGGUGUGGGGGGAGCAGGCUGCGCGCGGCUUGCGCAAAGACUGCGACGACAACGACGAGGAUUCCGACACGGGCUUGAGCUCCAUGCACAGCCAGGACUCGGACUCGCUGCCCGUUUGCGAAUCCCUGGUAUAGCGGCGGCCUCCCCACUCCCCCCACAUGUCAUCUCAGGGACCGCAGAGUUGGGCUUUCCCUCGGGUUUUUACUAUUAUUAUUAUUGUUUGUUUGUUUUGUCUUUUGCAAGAUGCUCAGACGGGGAGUUCCUGGAUCUCUCCGCUCACCCCGCCCCCAACAAAGAUCUAUUUUUCAAAACGACUCAACGAGGCACAUGCUUUCAUUCUGAUAAAAUAUAAUAAUAAAAUUCAUGUUUGUAGUUAAUUUGUGGUCACCGGGAAUCAUAACAUAGAUUUGUGCACCUAAAAACAUCGGCUUCUCUUUUUUUCUGAAUUAAAAAGGAUCUCACCCUAUAGGUAUUGGUUUUUCAAACAAAAAGUUCGAAGGAAAGACAUCAGCUGCGUUUUGAUGCCCACUAACUGCAGAGGAUGUGCUGGGUUCUCUGAAGGAAUGGGGAAAGGGAGAUUAUAUUGUAUCAUAGCCGUUUGAUUGCAUCUUAAUUGUGGCUUUGACAUUGAAACGUGUUAAAGCGAGUCCCUGGCAGGCAGAUUUCAGGCUGACUCCUUCCUACUUUUAUCUUUUAAAGAAGAAGCAAGAGAGGGGUAUUUGCAUUUCAUUUAAUAUUGGAAUAACCUGUUUCCUUCAGAUUCAUACCUUUUUAUUUCACAUCAAAGAUUGUUGAAUAGGAAGUUCUACUCCUUCAGUUCUGCAAUGUAAACAUGGGACAGUGUGCAUUUCUUUAUAGAAUUCAUUUGAUUUAUGUUUUCCAGUUGAAACAGAACACUUAGCACCUUGAUCUUUUUUUCCUCUCUUCAAAGGCAGCUGUGUAACUUGCCAUGAAAUAAUUAGUUUGCUCCUUUGAUGAUUAAUAAUAAUAAGGAUGGACACAGCAGCAACACUGGGUGAUUAAUAACUCACAAGUAUGUAUUCUGUAGAGUGUUUUGGAAUAGAUUCCAGUUGAUGUCCUGAUGCCCUUAACAGCAAUUGAUAUCAUUUGCAUGUGUACAUGGGGUCAUGCGGGUGUGGGGGUGGGUAAUUUAAAUGCUAAUAAUGAACCACUGAAGGCAAACGAAACUAAACCACACCACAAAAAAAUGUAGCAUCUGUUUCUCUCAGAAAUGGAUGAUGGAUGCAGAAGACCUAACAUAAUUUGUUCAAAACCAACAGAAGACUUUUGGAAACACCAAUAUGUCUAGCAAGCCCAUUUCCCCAUAAGCAACCCCCAAACAAUAGCAGAAUAAUUGUAUAUUUUAAAUAAAAUUGACUUAAAUUAGGUCUUAGCCUAAGCCAAAGUAAUCCAUCAGUGCUGAUUAAGUCAAUGCUGCAUAAGAACCUUCCCAUCACACAUGCCAGUGCCUUAAUUGAGCUAUUGCCCUGCUGCCUUGAAUAACAUUUCAGUAACAAUGGAACAAUAUCUUGCUACUCCUUCUGUAAUAUCCACAACUGAGCAAUGCUACUUCACAUUUAUUUCAUCCUUUAAAACACCCUUCAUCCUCUUUCAAUUUCAAGGCACUUAUAUCGUAAAUGCAAAUCAACCACAAUGAAAUUAAUCUUUAAAAAACAUUCAGCACCCUCCCCCCAUCAAGACUAAGCCUUAACCAGUUAAAAUGCCCAGGAGAGCUUAAAUGUUUUAGCCAAAAAGAAUAGAGAUUGCAGUGUAAAUGCGAGGUGCACCUCUUUUGGGAUGAUGUUCCAUAUCAUGGUGCCAUAUCUUUAAAAAAAAAAAAAGCCCUCUUAUAUGUAACCGAACAGUAUAACUCUGAAAAAGAUGGUACUCGGAGAAGAGUCUUAGUAGAAGAUCUGAAAGCCCUGGCAGGUUCCUAAAGAAAAAGACUCUACCUCAGAUAUUUGGACCCCCUAACCAUUUCAGGCUUUAAAGGUAAGUACCAACACUCUGAAUUGGACCGAAAUGUAACUUGUCCUUUAAGACAGUCAGCUGCUCUUCAGUACCAAUCGAAAUUUCUGAGUCAUCUUCUGGGGCAGCCCCAUUUAUAAUGCAUUAUGGUUGUCCAACUGGGUAAACCAGUUAGGGAUGUACUCUUGGUUUAAGAGUCUGAAAAGGGGGAAUGGAAACCCUUCAAAUAAUUUUUCAAAGUUUCAGAAUUGGGGAACCAACGGUGCCAAUUCCAUUGGUGUCAAAGGAUGUUUUCCACCUGUGGCGAAGUGCAGCUUGCUUGGGAGUGACUGGUUGGGAACAGGGAGGAGAAGGAAAGAGCAGACCUGAUUGGGCCUCUGUGGUUGCUAUUUAAAACCAGAUACCCUUUGCAGACUGGCACUAUUGGGAAGUCAUGGCAUGCAGGUGCAAAGUUGCUAACCUCACUGUUGGCCUCACAGACUGUGACCAUGACCCAAAGACCAACUUCAGGCAUGCAUGCCCAUCAACUUUGCCCUCUUCUAACCCUAUUAUAUGCAGCAUUUGGAAUUCCACACAGUUUCAAAAGACCUUUGAGUAGCUACUUUUUGAUAAAUGUAAGUUCAAAGCACCUUUGGUCCUAUGGAGCCAGGUCGACGUCCAGUAAGUGUCUUGUCACAUUUGUGCAACCGUGUUCCACCUACCAAUUUUGCAACAAAUGUGCUGUCUGGAAAGUAAAUGAGAUAUCCCUGAGAUUGGAAACCUUCAAGUAUUCCUUUCUCAAUAUCAUUAACAUUACAUGGAGGAAGAUAUUGGGACAAGCCUUUCUCCUCUCAUCCCUGCCGUCACCCCACUGUUGCCAGUGGCAGACCUGGGUAGUAUGGCACCCUAUGUGAGACCAAAAUUUGGCGCACCCCCCCCCCCCAGCCCUUACACUGCCUUCCAAAAGGCCAGUAAGGAGGCAUCAGCUUUGAAAAGGAGGUGUGAGGGCUCUAGCAGGGUCAUAGAGCCCUCCUACCUCCUUUUCAAAGCUUUGAAAGCGCUAACUGGGUUUUAGGAAGGAGGACUUUAGGACCCUGUCAGAGCCUCACACUUCCUUCCCAAAGCCCAGCAUCUUUGAGACAACGCCCCCUUGGCUCAGCCCCCAGUGCAUGUGCACCACUCUCACAGUCCUAAAUCUCUCCCUGCCAUGGCCCUCCACAAGUUGAGGAGGACUGCAGCUGGGGUCUGCUCCAAACCAGUAAGGUAGGCUGCACACUGCAGACAACCAGUGGAGAGCAAUGGAGGGGGUGGGAGUGACCACGCCCCCACUUUGUCUUGCAUGGAGUGUUAACUUUCUUGGAGGAAGGAACAGCCAAAGAAGUGUUUGGUGCUCCCUCAAACGAAUAUUAGUAGGUGGGAGCUAUAAGGUGGCGGGGAAGUGUGUUCAUUAUUUAGCUCAAACAAAUAUGGGCCAAAAAAGGGAGAAAGAAACAUGGCUUGCAGUGUCUUUUUGACAUUUAGUUCAAAACAGGAGCACAGACCAGAAGCAAUUAAUAUGGUGACCAUUAGAAGGAGCAUAUCUGUCAGUUGUAGCUCCUCUCGGUUUCUUAUUUUCCACCCUUUAAUUCUAGUUAUCCACAUUUCAGCAUCCAUUUGCAUAAAAGCUCAUCAGCAUCUUAAUGUGAAUAUCUCCUUAUAUGCAUUUUAUAUCCAAUUUUGCCUGAUAUAUACAUAUUUGCAAAGCAAAAUAUUCCCUUAAUAUAAUGUAUUUUUGAAUGCUAUUUUCACACACACAUGCGUUUUUAUGCACACUUUACCCUAGUUGUAAACUGCUUUGAGGUUUUUUUUUUACAAUCAAGUGAUGUAUAAUUUUUAUG